AUGACUGAACAAGUUGAACAAGUUCCACAAACACAGCAGUCUUGGUUUAUCAAGCUUCGGGAUUAUGACUGGGAUACCGAUGAAGGGUACCAGGCUGGACUUAAGUCUGUGCUUGCAGCCAAAGGCCUACAAUCGAUGGACACAGAGGCCGAGUUAAGGCUAAGGUCGUUUUUCUUUUCUCGAAAGUUUGGCACCGAAAUUAAUGUGGAUUCAUAUACCAAGUGGCUAGAAGAAGAAACUAAAUCGAAUUUAAAAAGCAAUGAUGUGACACCAGUACAAGCGGAUCAAAGAAGUAAUUCUGAGAAGAAAGAAUGCGAGGUGCCAUACUCUGCAUCAUAUGCACAGGUUGUGGAGAUGAUUCUUUCUGGGAAGCCGAUUCCAGGAAUUCGGGAUAUUCCAGAUACUGAGCUAGGGUUACAACAAUCGUCACAGACGUCUGCUCAGCGCCGGCGCAAGCCUUGGGAGAUCGAGACAGUUGUGGAAGAAGAAAAAGAAGAAAAAGAAGAAAAAGAAGAAAAAGAAGAAAAAGAAGAAAAAGAAGAAAAAGGGGAAGAGAAAGAAGAGGAAAUUAAGGACGGAACAUCUCAAACAGGCAAAAGCGAAAGUUUACCGGAAGAAACAAGGCAAUGA